AUGAGCCAAGCUUUACAAACGUUUUCUCAAGAAACGGCUUUGGUAAGCAGCUUCCCAAAUUUGGACAUUUCGAGAGCCUUGGCGACAAUCCAAACGGCGAUAACCGCGUUGACCAACAGAAUUGAUAACAUAGAUACAAUAAAUCUCGCACGCGUACUAAAUUCGCGUAUAACCGCUCCAGAUACGCCACUGGAAGUCGUUUCAAAUACGACUGGUCAAAAUAUAGACGCUCUCUUAAACUUUUACAAACUACCAAAUACGGUAACAGUUGAAAAUAGAUGCGAGACACCUAGGAAUUCAGCUGUUGUAAUUGGACCAAAGAUCUUUUCAAAUUGGAUAUCUCUACUACUAAAGUGA